AUGGUGCAUAUCGAGGAGAGUCUCCAGAUACCUCGCGACUUUGAGGGCUUCGGCGAGGAGGGGUUUGAUCCGAAAUGGCCCAAUGGUGCUCGCAUUGCCGUGUCUUUUGUCCUCAAUUAUGAAGAGGGAGGAGAGCGAAGCAUCUUGGAUGGCGAUCCUUUUUCGGAGCCAUAUCUAUGGGAAAAGGGUGCGUCCGGCGGUUACAAAGAAGGUGCACGAUACCUCAACGCCGAGCAAGACUUCGAGUAUGGCAGCCGUUCUGCGUCCUGGCGUCUUAUCCGACUAUUCAAGGAGUUCGGAUGGAGCUUCACCACGUAUGCCGUCGCUUACGCCCUCAAACGAAACCCGACCUUCGCGAAAGCUCUGGUCCGCGACGGCCACGAGAUUGCCUGCCAUGGUUUAAGGUGGCUCGACAUCUGGAACUACUCGUUGGAAGAAGACAAGGAAUACAUCAAACAGAACAUUUUGAUGUUGAAAGAGGUUUCGGGCGAAAUGCCGGUGGGUGCUUACUUCGGCCGCGGAACCCCAAACACUCCUUCCUUGUUCCCAGAGGUUUGGAAGAGCCUCGGUGGAGAGUUUCUCUGGUCCUCGGAGUGCUACAACGACGAUGUACCUUACUGGCUCGACUUGCCGUGGGAGAAGGACUUGCCAGAAGCUGACAGGGAGGGCAUGCUUCUGAUCCCUUACAACUAUGACUGCAAUGAUGGCAAGUUUCACAUGUCACCUGGGUUUGGCAGCUCAGUCGCUGAGACAUAUGAGCAAUAUCUCAAAAACACCUUCGAUUGUUUGUACAGAGAGGGCGGGAAGUUGAUGAACAUUCCGUUGCAUACGCGCAUCAUCGGCAAGCCAGGGAGAUCUGAGGCCCUGAGAAAGUUCAUGACGUACAUCUCAGAGAAAGAGGGGGUUUGGGUCACGACUCGAAGGGAUAUUGCUAAGCAUAUGAGGGCUGCAUUCCCGUACAAACCCAAUGGCGAGUGGAUGAAGGGUGUAUACACCCGGGCAUUAGAAGAAAGGGUAGCCUACCUGGAGAACAAGCUGGCUCAAAUUCCCACGCCAGAAACCAACUCGACCCCAAGAGAAACCGCCAGUAUUCACUCCAGUCACUCAAACAGGGACAAAAAUGCUCUAAGCGACGUGGUUGCACACGUGUCGCUAGGGAAUUUCGAGGCUCCUGCCUAUGUUGGACCUUCGGCCGGGUUAUCGCUGGCCCUCAAUCUCGGUGAGAUGGUGCAAGCUACAGUCUGGAACAAGAUGUUGCCAGACAUCCAUGACGGUGCAAGUGCCAAUCGGUCAACGGGCUGCCUCAAUCCAGGCCCUAGAUGUCUUACAGUAGAGGAUCUCUUGGCUCACGGUGUCAAAGAGCCCCCGAGUGAUGAGCAGGGUUCAAAGAUGUUGAGGGCAUACAUGUCCCAACUGCACUCCAAGUAUCCUUUUCUCGAGCCUGAGGAAUUGUGGAAGCUGCAUGGCGAAAGAGUCGCGUUGGCGGGAACUCCACCGCAAAGUUUAAGCAAAGCUGAAAGAUUUGGUGUCUUUAAGCUGUACCUAGUGUAUGCUAUGGGUGCAACAUUGGUACAGUUAACACAGCGUGGCCCGGGCUUUUCCCCGGAGGCUCUCUACAUCACUGCACUGCAGCACAUAUCUGCGGCAAGGGAAUCGCGGACGGUGCAGAACAUUGAGGCGAUGACGUUGUUAGUCAUGUUCCAUCUUCGAUCAACCUCUAGUCAUGGACUGUGGUACAUGAUUGGUCUGGCGAUGAGGACAUCCAUUGACCUUGGGCUUCACCGCGCAGCUCACGAAAACAAUCUCUCUGAUUCUGUGGUUCAGCGCAGGAGAAGAUUAUUCUGGUCUGUCUACUUACUAGAGCGGACGAUCGCCAUUUCACUCGGUCGACCCUUGAGUAUCGCGGACAACCAGAUUGAUGUAGAAUUCCCUGAUACUUAUAUCAACAGCAGCUCAUCUGCAUCGGGGACUGUUGGAAACGACAUAACGCUAGCAGUUGUGCUGUUCAAGCUCCGCCGAAUCGAGUCGAAGAUUCAUCACUCCAUUUACCGAACAGACAAAGCCUUAGAUACCCUCCGACCAAAACUCGAUCGUCUCUACCAACGGCUUCAAAAUUGGCGGGUGUCGCUCAAUGAGUGGAUGGCACCGAAUCAUCCCGAGCUCAACUACGCUCUGUUGCUGUACAAUCGCGCUCUCAGGCUUCUAAUCCAACCUUUCUUGCCUCUUCUUCCCCCCUCUGACCAGUUCUACGGACUGUGCAUGAGAGCUGCUGGGGAUAUCUGCCAGGCUCACAAAAGGCUCCAUCAAACUCUUGACUACGGUCACAGCUUCAUUGCCGUUCAGACCGUGUUCGUCGCCGGGGUCACUCUUCUUUAUGGACUGUGGACACAGGGGAAUGAGCUUUGGUCAGUAGCACUUGCGAAUGACAUCCGUGCUUGCUCUUUAGUGUUAUUCGUCAUGGGCGAGAGAGCACCUUGGGUUCGCAAAUACAGAGACGCUUUUGAGGUUCUUGUGAACGCAGCCAUGGAGAAACUUCAGGAUGGUGAAUCGGGCUUGGCGGAAAUGGCCUCAGCUCAGAUGCGUGCAGGAAGACAACAGGACACGACGAUAGACGGGCAGAGCGAGGAAGCUGCCGGCGAGAGGGAAGUGGGACAAAUGACUGAUGAAAGCUUCGACCAGUUUCUGGGUAGCGUUGGAGAUUCUGGAAUUGCUGGUGGGGGUUUCGAAGGUGCUUGGCCCAUGGUCGCUGAGUUGGCGAACUGGAUCGAUCAGGAUAGCGGAAGCCCUGUCUGGAUGCCCAAUUUUGAAUUGUUGCAGAGCCUUUCGGGCAAUGACUAG